ACCUUCACUGUGUCCUGUGACUUUGACUCAGAGCCUGAUUUCGCUUGGAACCUGAUUGAGUCAUUCAGUUUGUCCAACAAAAAUCUUGUUCAAGUAAAUGUAUUCCCUUUACAAUCUGAGUUCAGAGUAGAUAAAAGGAAUUGAAUAGAAGCUUCCAUGAAAAAAAGCUACUCAUCAAUAGGCUAAUCUGCCAAACCUUUUUGAAUUUGAAUAAAUCAUUCCCAACAACAUUACCGUUUUUUAAUUUACAGGGACACGAGUAGAAAGUGGAACUGACUGAAAUUACAUUCUUUCCGAAAAGAGAAUAUUGAAGAUUCAUUUAGGGACUGAGGGGGGUGGAGGAUUUUGGAGGAAGGAUUCCAUGGUUUUCAGGGAAAUGGAGGGGGUAUCGGUCGUCGCUGACAGAGUAUAAAGGGGGGGAGUUAUGGAAAACUAACUGCCAAUCAGCUGCUAAAGAGGGGAAGGGAGAUCCUGAGUAUAUUACAGAGCCUUAUGGAUGGAAUCAGGUAUAUUUCAUCGUGUCACAACCAAAUCCUCUGACCCUCCUCCACCCCUCUCGGGUCCCUUGUUUUAUCACUUUAUUGACUAAGGUGGUCUUUUUGCCUGUUCUUGCCCAGCGAGCUCCAUUUUGACCGAACUAAUUCCAUGGUAAUCAGUGGAAGUGAAGAUUUCAAUAUAUUCUAUUUCCUUAGAGCAUUGUAUUUUCCGACUAUGAUGAUUCUAAAGCGGUCAGCGGUGAGACACCAAACUGGCAGACAUACUUGAUCCGUCCAUCGUACUUUGCAUGGCUUGGCUCCCAGUCCACUCACUGGCGAGCCACUUGCCGUUAUGACACAGACGGGGUGGUUUACCGUGACUAUAUGCGAACUUCGUUUGAAGAUUUCGACCUAAUGAAUAUCCAAGUUCCAAUUGUCGCAAAGUGUGUCAAGUUUGAGAUCAUCAAUGUUAGAGGCUAUGAAUGUAAAUCAUGCACAGCACCUUUGUGGAACAAGAAAGACCAAAGCGCUUUGCAUACAGACAGCAGCAGAAGUUUCUGUCGGUUCAAUGGAAAUCGUGGUAACGUCGUCGAUAAUGAGGACAAUUUUGGUAGUUAUAAUACUGUCAAUCCUGCUUUUCGUUGUACUUAUAGUGCUGACGCUACAACUCAGUUCUGGGUAGGAGGAAAGUAG